GUGCUGGACGUCACCAGCUUCUUGUCGGAGCACCCUGGUGGCGAGCUGGCCAUCCUCACCUUCGCCGGGAAGGACGCCACAGAGGAGUUCAACAUGAUCCAUCCCCCGGAUGUCAUCGGCAAGUACGCCCCCGACUCCGUGAUCGGCGCCGUCGGCUCCGGCGUGGCGGCUGCCGCCAGCGCCGCCCCCAAGGCGGGCGGCGGCGGGCCCAUCAGGAAGGACACAGGCAGCAAGCUCGGCAACCAUGCCGCCUGGGGUCACCUGGACGGGGCACCGAACUGGCGCGUGGAUCUCGACGAGAACCCAG